AUGGAAACAGCCCACAUAGCCAUUCUACCUUCCCUAGGGAUAGGUCACCUCAUCCCACUAGCAGAGCUUGCCAAGCGACUCAUCCAAUACCACCAUCUCUCUAUUACAUUCAUCAUGCCAACAACAAAUCCUACUCUUUCUAAAUCCGCACAAGAAACCCUAGAUAACCUCCCCAAAAGCAUCAAUUUAGUUCUUCUCCCUCCGGUGAAUCUCGAUGAUCUAUACGACGUGAGGCCCUUGACACACAUCUCUCACACAAUUACCCGGUCCCUCCCUUCUCUCUGCGAGGUGCUCAAGGUUUUAAGCACCACCACUCAUCUUACUGCCUUGAUUGUUGAUCAAUUCGGUACCGAUGCAUUUGAAGUCGCCAAAGAAUUCAAGGUUUCACCUUACAUCUUUGAUCCAAGUGCGGCGCUGGUGUUGUCAUGGAGGUUUCAUUUGCCCAAGCUUGAUGAGAUGUACUCUUGUGAGUAUAGAGACCUGCAACAACCAGUGAAAUUGCCUGGUUGCAUGGCACUUCAUGGGAGAGAUUUAUUCCAUCCAAUUCAAGAUAGGAAGAACGAGGACUACACAUGGUUUCUAUAUCAUUGCAAACGUUUUGGAUUAGCUGAAGGGAUCAUGUUAAAUAGCUUUAUGGAAUUGGAACUAACUGCCAUAAAUGCAUUCAAGGAUGGUAAAGAUCUCAAAAACGAGCCGCCGCCGCCGGUCUACCCGGUUGGACCACUAGUGCAAAGUGGUUCAAGAGAUGGGGUUGAUGUACCUGAUUGUUUGAAGUGGUUGGAUGAUCAACCAAAUGAGUCUGUUUUGUUUGUAUCAUUUGGAAGUGCCGGGGCCCUUUCUCCAGAGCAAUUUACUGAAUUGGCUUUUGGAUUGGCGUUAAGUGAACAAAGAUUUUUGUGGGUUGUUAGAAGCCCAACUCGGAAGGCAGCAUAUGCCAACUUCUUUGAUGCUGAAAGCAUUGAGGACCCUUUUGCCUUUUUGCCUGAGGGGUUCUUGGAAGGAACAAAAGGGAUAGGCCAUGUAUUGCCUUCAUGGGCCCCUCAAACUCAAGUGCUAAGCCACGCCUCAACAGGUGGGUUCUUGACCCAUUGUGGAUGGAACUCAACCUUGGAGAGCAUUGUCAAUGGUGUACCCUUGAUUGCUUGGCCUCUCUAUGCAGAGCAAAGGAUGAAUGCAGUGAUCCUAGUGGAGGACAUGAAGGUGGCUUUGUUGCCUAAAGAAGGGGAAGAUGGAAUAGUGGGACGAGAGGAGAUUGCAGGAGUGGUGAAGUGUCUAAUGGAAGGAGAAGAAGGGAAGAGAAAGAGGAACAGGAUGAGGGAACUCAAGGAUGCUGCAGCCAAGGCAUUGGGUGAAGAUGGUUCUUCAACACAGUCACUCUUGGAGGUGACACAUAAAUGGAAGACUCAAGCAGCCGUAUAA